AGAUUCUGCCAGAGGAUGCUCUCAAUAUAACAUCUGCAGAGAAGAGAGAAACUAUUCCCGUUUUUCGUCUUCUGGCUUUUCCACCAGUCUUGGUUUGGAAGACUUCUCUGUAAGUGACACAUCUGGAAUAGAGGAGGACACAGACUCAGCUGUCUUAUAUGGAACUUUGCGAGGAAGUGUUGUUGGAUUGCGGUACUACACAGGAAUUGUUAAUAACAAUGAAAUGGUUGCACUUCAGAGGGAACCCAAUAAUCCUUAUGAUAAAAAUGCAGUGAAAGUGAAUAAUGUGAAUGGAGACCAGGUAGGCCAUAUAAAAAAAGAACUAGCAGCAGCAUUGUCAGGCAUUAUGGACAACAAACUAGCAUUAAUUGAAGGGAUUGUCCCUUAUGGAGCAAAAAAUACCUUUACUAUGCCUGUACAAAUGAGCUUUUGGGGAAGAGAAGAAAACAAAGAAGCAGUGCUAGAUCAGCUAAAAAGGCAUGGAUUUAAAUUGGCUCCUCCUCUAAAAGGUUCAGAGUGUGAUUUUGCAACAAAGUGGAUUUCUGGGAGAGCUGGUCCAAGUUACAGUGCUCCAGUUCAUGCUGCUGUGCAGUUGACACCUGAACAGCUUAAAAGUGAAUUUGACAAAUUGUUUGAGGAGCUGAAGGAAGAUGAUAAAACUUGUGAACUGGAAGGAGCAGAGGCUGUUGCCACACUCUUGCUUCCCCAUCAGAAGCAGGCUUUAGCUUGGAUGGUUUCACGUGAGAACAGUAAUGAUUUGCCACCAUUUUGGGAAGAGAGAAGUAACUUCUAUUACAAUACGCUUACAAAUUUUGCAGAAAAGAAGCGACCUAAAAAUGUUCUUGGAGGAAUACUGGCUGAUGAUAUGGGACUGGGUAAAACACUUACUACUAUUGCAUUGAUUCUCACAAAUUUUCAAGAUGGCAAGCCUCUUCCUGUUCAAAAGAUCCCAAGUGAUAAGUUUUAUGAGGAAUCUGGUACUAACAGCAUGAACAGCGUUGGACGCAGACUAUGUAAAGGUAUCACUAGCAUUCAGUCCGUUGAGAAGAAAUAUUCUGCUGAUGGCCCCAGAGCAACGCUGAUUGUAUGUCCACUGUCUGUCUUAAGCAACUGGAUUGACCAGUUUGAACAACACAUUCACCAAGAUUUUCAUGUCAAUAUUUAUAUUUAUUACGGUUCUGACCGUAGCAGAGACCCAUCAUUUCUUUCAGAACAAGACAUUGUACUGACAACAUACAACAUCUUGGCUACUGAUUACGGAAUGAGAGGUGACAGCCCUCUACACAAAGUCACGUGGCUGAGAAUUGUGUUGGAUGAGGGCCACACUAUACGGAAUCCAAAUGCUCAGCAAACUAAAGCUGCCUUAAAUCUGAAUGGACACAGAAGAUGGAUACUUACAGGCACUCCUAUUCAGAAUUCUGUUAAGGAUUUGUGGUCACUUAUUUCCUUCUUAAAGCUGAAACCUUUUACUGAUCGAGAGUGGUGGCACAGAACAAUUCAACGUCCAGUCACAAUGGGAGCUCCAGGAGGACUUGGGCGUUUACAGUGUCUGAUUAGGAGUAUUACCCUUAGAAGAACCAAAAAAAGUAAGGUUAAAGGAAAGCGUGUUUUGGAGUUACCAGAACGAAAAGUACUCAUUCAACAUGUUACACUCACAGAGGAAGAGAGACAAAUCUAUCAGUCUGUGAAGAAGGAGGGCAAAGCUGCUAUUAGCAGAUUUUUCAGUGAAGGGACUGUACUAGCUCACUAUGCUGACAUCCUUGGUGUCCUCCUCAGAUUGAGGCAGCUUUGUUGUCAUCCUCGUCUUUGUAUAAAUACGUCUUCGUCUAGUUUUUCAGCUGAUAAUAAAACUCCUGAAGAACUGCACGAGAUGUUAGUGAGUAAAAUGAAGUUGGUUCUGAGCUCUGGUUCAGAUGAAGAAUGCGCAGUUUGCUUGGAAUCGCUGACUGUUCCUGUGAUAACACGCUGUGCGCAUGUGUUUUGUAGGCCAUGUAUUUUUGAAGUCAUUAGAAGUGAACAGCCAAAUGCCAAAUGCCCUCUCUGUAGGAGCCAGCUUCGAGCAGAGGACUUGGUGGAAUGUCCCCUAGAAGGGGAAAUAGAUUCCAGUAAUGAAAAGAAGUCUGAUCAGGAGUGGAUAUCCAGUUCAAAGAUAAAUGCUCUCAUGCAUGCUUUGAUAGAACUACGGAGGGAUGAUCCAACCGCUAAAUGUCUGGUUGUUUCUCAGUUUACAACUUUCCUGUCACUGAUAGAAAAUCCCUUGAAAGAAUCAGGUUUUGCCUUUACUCGUUUGGAUGGGUCAAUGGCACAGAAGAAAAGAGUAGAAGCAAUUCAGUGUUUCCAAAGCAGCCAAGCAGGAUCCCCAACUGUAAUGCUUUUGUCUCUGAAAGCAGGUGGAGUUGGAUUAAAUCUGACAGCAGCUUCCCGAGUGUUUUUAAUGGAUCCCGCUUGGAAUCCUGCUGCAGAAGACCAGUGUUUUGACAGAUGUCACAGGCUGGGUCAGAAGCAUAAUGUUGUUAUUACUAAGUUCAUUGUGAAGGAUUCAGUGGAAGAAAAUAUGCUGAAAAUUCAGAACAAGAAGAGGGAACUUGCAGCAGGAGCCUUUGCUACCAAAAAGCCUUCAGCAAGUGAAAUAAAACAAACCAAAAUUAAUGCAAUUAAGGCUUUAAUUGAUUUAUAG